GGAGCCCCUCAGCGGGGGGACCCCGCAGCCCCCCGGGGCCGCCGGGAGGCGCCUGCGCGCUGCGGCCGCUCGGUGCCGGCCCCGCGCCUGGCGCCGCCCGCAGCCCGCCGGCGGCCGCUGCCUAUUUUAGUCACAGCGCCGGGACGGGGCCGCCGCGGGGCCGGGGGACGGGACGGGACCGGCCGGGACGGCGCCCGCCGCCGGGGGCUGCGGGGAGCGACCCCCCUGUGUCCGUCCCGUCUGUCCCGUCCCGAAGCGUCCCGAACCGGCCGGAAGACUUUGCCGAGGGCGCCCGGCAGGGGGCCCGGGGACAGAUCAGAUAAAACUGCAGAUGACACGGCCAAAGUCAAGACAACGCAUGAACUGAUGAGAAACAGCAUUGCCUUCUGAGAACGUUAGCUUCCUAGUUGCUGGAAAUCCUAAGUGCAACUUUACUACCAAAAGAGACCCUGACAUUAUGUGACCAUUGAGCAGAGUUGGCAAGAAUGGAAAAGCAAAGAACCCCACUGGCUGUAUCACAUAAAUAACAAUUUCAGAGAUUCAGCUGAAUCGAAAAAUUAGUCCAGCCAUGGGAGAAAAUGCAAGUUUUUGGGAGAGCUUGAUAUAUGCACAUCCUACGUGUGCCACCUGGAAGCAAGAGGCAGAGGGAUCUAUCUACCACCUAGCUAGUAUUCUCUUUGUUGUUGGCUUCAUGGGUGGAAGUGGAUUCUUUGGGCUUCUCUAUGUCUUCAGUUUGCUUGGAUUGGGCUUUCUCUGCUCUUCUGUUUGGGCUUGGCUGGAUGUCUGUGCUGCUGAUAUAUUCUCCUGGAAUUUUAUACUGUUUGUUAUAUGCUUCGUACAGUUCAUUUAUGUUACCUAUCAAGUUCGGAGUGUUUCCUUUGACAAAGAAUUCCAGGAACUCUACAGUGCUCUCUUCCAGCCUCUAGGAAUUUCCUUAACUGUUUAUAGGAAGAUUGUCUUGUGCUGUGAUGCAGAAGUGGUUACCCUGGAGAAGGAGCACUGUUACGCUAUGCAAGGCAAAACACCUAUUGAUAAACUGUCCUUGCUUGUAUCAGGCAGGAUCAGAGUGACAGUUGAUGGGGAGUUUCUGCAUUAUAUUUUUCCUCUCCAAUUUCUGGAUUCUCCUGAAUGGGAUUCACUGAGGCCCACAGAAGAGGGAAUUUUCCAGGUAACACUUACAGCAGAGACAGAUUGUCGAUAUGUGGCCUGGAGGAGAAAGAAGCUGUACUUGCUGUUUGCUAAGCACCGUUUCAUCUCACGCCUCUUCUCAAUUUUAAUCGGGAGCGACAUUGCCGAGAAACUGUAUGCUCUGAACGACAGGGUGCACGUGGGGAAGGGGUUUAGGUACGACAUUCGCUUGCCAAACUUCUACCACGUUUCGCUCCCCGAGACGCCCCCGGUGCCGCCCCCACGCCGCCUGCAGAGGAGGUCCCCCGGGCGGCUGCGGCCAGGGGUCCCAAACUGCGACUCCUCCAGGAAGCAAUAGCGGGGAGGAACCUGCUCCCCUAAUCAUUCCCAAAGGCCCCCCGAGCACAAAGAGGGGACGUGGCGGAGCGGGAGGAUGAAGCAGAAUGAGACGUAGUGACGCCAAACUGACUGAGAAGUGCCAUUUACUUUAGCUGAAGUAGCUUGAAUUCUCCCUGUAGAGCCAGCUGGUUGGCUUGUGCAUUCUGACUACUUGUGCAAUAUGUUUAGUUUCUGUUGAUUCUUCUGUUGACCUUCGGGAGGAAAAUCACGAUAGGCUGAAGUUUUAUUGUAAUUGUGGUGGCCUCUGUGUUAUGUUAAAAACAAAGCAAAACAAAAAAUCCAACACAGUAUCUGUGUUUAUACUUUCUCAGAAUUACUUGCCAUUAAUGAAAUACACAGUUCUACCUUAAUGCAAACAAGUAGGCUGUCUUCAGAACACAGCAACCUGCUUGUAACAUUCAACUUAUGCCAUGCGAACCUUCUCUCAGUUAACGUGAAGAAUAUUACAGGAAAAGACUAAUUGUAUUGUUCUUCUUUUUGAAGAAGUGGUUUUGAAAUGCACAGCAAGAUUCUUAAAGCAAACAAGAAAACAACAAAUCCUGUCCCACGAGUGAUUGCUUUCUCUCAGGCUGUCCUAAAAGGACAUUGUGUGAAAACAAACGCCAGUGUAAUUGCUGGCACUGGAAAAGUAUCGCAGUUAUAAUUGCUGCAAAUACAUGCUAGGGAAAUGAUUGUGCCGUGUUUCUGAUAGAAUGUAACGCUACAGAACCUGGACUUCCAAGGUGUAAGUGCCAUUCAUAACAUGUACAAUAAAUGCUGUUAAUCAAUCAACUGCCAAACCAUUGGAGUUUGUUUUACAAUAUCCUUUUUAGCCAGGUUUGUCAGGUAGAAAUUAAGAAACAGCUGCAGCUACAAAUACCAUCUUUAGCUGAAGCAUUCUUGUUUAGCUUCCAGAGUCACUUCUCUGUGCCUAUGAAAGUCUUGAUUUAAAAUGUGUUCUCUUUGAAAAUCGGUGGUGUUUUAAUAACGUAAGGGAGCACCAGCUCAAGCUUCAGUGGGAGAAAGCUGAUUUUGAACCUUGAGGUCACUGUGCCUUUGGGGAGAAGUGUUUGAAUGUCUUUUCUAACUCACCUUCCAGAUGCAUGCCAGUAAUCAGAAAAUAAGAAGCAUUACUAUUUUAUGAGACCAUAUUGCUGCUUGAUAGAUCUUGAGAUAGAUCACAUUUUUAAUAUUUAAAAUCUAGAAUUGCUGGACUGUUUGGUAGGACAACUGCUGCAUGCUUGUGUAUGUGCAGGUGCAUAUAUGAGUUCAGAUCUUGAGUGCUGGUGCUGGAGGGCUUAAAACAAUGCUAAAACCUCAUUCUCGAAAGGUAAUCAGGCAGUGGACGUUUAACAGCGCUAUUAGAAGUGAUCUGAAACAGCCCAGUUUGAAUGGCCUUCAGUGCAGAACAGUGUUGUCUAAGCUUUGCUUUUAUCUUUAUAUCCCUUUCUCAGAGACAUUAGUAAUCUGCCAGAUGUUAGUGUAGCAUGUAAGGCGGUAAUCCCUAAAUCCUGCUAAUAACCCUUCCACGUUACGUAUUCCGUGGUUGUUACCAACUGUGUGAAGUCCCUGACUUUGUCUUGGUCAAGAGAGAAUUGGUAAAAUGUGAAAGGAGAAGCCACUGACAGUUAUUGAAGUCUGGCUCAGGAAGUACCUAAGGCACAAAGUGCCAGAGCCUGGGAGAGGGUGUUAGGGGUCAGAGCUGUGCGCCCCGGUCUGACACUUCUCCUUAGGUGGCAGAGAAGAGACAGGACAGCAGGCUGUGUGACCCUUUGGUGCGGCUCGGGAGCAGUAUUCUCACAUCACUUCAGCACUGAGAUUAGUAUCGUGGCCUGCCUGUCGGCGGAGCUCACCACCUGCAGUGGGUGAGGAGCGCAUCCCUUCCCACGGAUGUGGCCACCCAUGCUCUGCGCUGCACAUCCAACCUCUGCUUCACCCAGCUGAGCUCUUGCUGGUGACCCUGCCACACUCUGAGGAGCUUUUACGGUCCUUUUAAACAGGUGAUUCAAAGGUAGACCCCCCCUCCCCCCAAUUUUUCCUUCUGAUAAAAUGGCAAGGAUUUAUAAAUUUCUUUUGCUAUAAAAUGUGUUGGACCAAGAUGAAGUUUAUACUUGCCGUUUUAUGUUAUCUGAUACAAGCAUAAAAAGGUUAUAGUCUAGAAACAUAAAAACUGGUAUUCUAGACUAAGGCACAGUGUAAAACACUAACUAAUGCUCUUGUCGGUAUUCAUGAAUAUAUGGACUUGUCCUGUAUAUUGGAAAACUUGCCUUGACUUAAAUAGGGCCAGUAUUUCAUAAACUACUAUGAUCACCAUCACCUUCAAAAUAAGACCAAGGAGUGCGCCCAAUUUCUGUAUCAGGUGUACGUAUUCCAUUUAAGCUAUAGCAUACUGCAUAGAGAGACACCUGUUCUGCAGUGAUGGGUGCUUCAUUACAUCCUUAGGUAAUUUUUUCCUUCCUCAUGACUAGUGUGUGCCUCGGUUUCAGCCUUCUGUCCAGCCAGUUUGCUCUUUGUGAUGCUUUUCUCUGGUUGAAUCACUUACUGUCAGAAAUCUCUACUAGGACAUGACUGAGUCAAUAUCUGAACAUACUCUUAAGUAAUCUUGUUUAGCUUUUGAUACUCUGCUUCUUGGGCUUUGAGUCACUUUUUUAAAAUCAUCUCCAGUUUUUCAGCAUCUGUUUGAGUCACGACUGGCAGAACAUUUCAGCUGUAGAAUUCAGGGCACAUAUCUACAAUAAAAUAUGUGCACACAAAGGACGGGAAGUGAGACACCAAGCCCUCUCCACCCCUGUUUUUUUUUAUUAUUUUGACAGUGCUCCUAAAAUGUACAAUAGAGAAUACGUGCUGUUAUGUGAUUCAUAAAGCAGUAUUUUGGGAGAUCUGUGCAAUUUACCUCAGUAAAGAAGUACUCAGAAUGAUGUCUGUGAAAUAAUACAAUCUUUUAUGAUGUCAUACCAACCCACUUGUAAACAUUUGAAGCAAGAUGAAGCUUCGACUUGAACAUCAUCAUAGUUACGUCCAUGUUAUUACUCAGGAAUAGCUGUCAGUGAGGUGAUCAGGCUCCCUAAUAAUCGGUUUAAGUUAAAGGAUAAUUGCAUCAGUGCGGCCUUGCUAACUGAGGACACUGUCGUGAACCCUUUUCUGAUCAGCAGAUCUCCCAGUACUCACAUUUUAUGUUUUGAACAGUUCCAUAAUCUUCUGUGGGGUUAUGUCUAGAUUUGAAUGUUUUUGUAGGUAAGAGUGUCGGAAUCUGCUGUACAUAGUUGUUUGUUUACUCAUUUGUCUGCAGCAGUUCAUCCUCCAGAGUUUAUAGGAUUGUGAACGUUGUGCUUGAAUUGCCCUUCCAGCCUGCAGAAAGGUUCAAAUUUCAUAUUACUGCACAAGCCAAAAAAAUACACGGCCCGAGACAGUCCAAAGAACCAAAAAAGUUAUCCAGGAGAGGCUUUUAUAAAGUUUGGAUCAUGGCAAAUCAAUUUAUUGGAUGCAGCAAUGUAUUGUGAGAUCUUCAAAGUGAGUCCUCCCUGUCUGGGGGCGCCCCGGUGGCUGGUUGCCUGCAGUCCUUUGGCAGAGCAUGCACGUCUGAUAAAUGUCUUAAAUAAGCAUAGGACUGGCCCUGCAGUUCUUUUGUUAGGUACUACUUGCUUAACAAGCAGUAGUGUAAGUACAGGUAACAGCAUCUCGGCAAUGUUUUUACUCCAGCGUGCAACUCCACUCAGAACUACAGAAUACCAGAGAGGAUGUAUCCUUACGUACUAAUGAUGCUAUGCAAGGCAAAUUAUAAGUGCUUAAUUUAAAAGAUUAUUUGAUGUGGUUGCCUGUUCUAAUGGAGGCUGGACGUGGUGGCUGAGGAGGUCCAUCCCAGCCCUACAUGUUAAGAAUUAAUUGCCCCGCAACAAAGCAGCAAAUGUGGCAGAGGGAUCAAAGGGAACUCGGUAAUGGAAUAGAAAUAAUUGUGCCAAACUAUACACAUACAUAUGACCUCUGCUAGGAUAACGCUGGGAAAGCUGGGUACAUGCUUGGAUGAUGUAUAGUUUCAACACACCUCAAAAAAAGGCAUUUGCUUGCAGUAAUUAAGUAAUAUGUUGAUGAUAAUUUCCAGAAAAAAAAAAAGAAAAAGAAAAAAAAAGUGUUAUAUGGUAUUUCAAUAUUGCAAAUGAUAAAUAUAAUACACAUUUGGGCUCAAUAUGCAUGAAAAA